AUGUCGCCGACGAACGUGAAACCGCCCCCGAACCCGAUGACAGCGAUGCUGACAAUCAAAUCGGAGCCCGCGGACACCUCUGACCAGGAGCUGCCUGCCGCCGGUCACCCCGUGGACUACGAAGAGAAGCCCACGGAUCUGAGCAUGGAGGGCCCCACGGACCUCAGCAACAACUCCAGACACAUCAGCAUCGUCUGUUCUCCGGAUCCGCCCAUCCAGGGGCCGCAGAACUAG